CCUCACCAAAUCCAAUCAGCACCUCGGGCGGGCCCGUCGCAACCAGCAUUACACCAUCGGGGUUCUCCUCCCCCCAGCAUGAGCCAGUAGAAGAGCACCUACGGCGGACUAACCAAAGCGCGGCGCAGCAGACUCUGCAGCCUGGCUCACCUUACCCCGCCCUUCUCGCUCGACGAUGUCGCACCUCAGUAAGCCCUCGACCUCGCGGUAUCAGCCCGUACCAGACGUAGAGACGACAGAAUUGCCCUUUCGAGCUGCCACAUUAGCACGCUCUCCCACUGUGGCAACACCAACAUCAUCUGCAGCAUCAUCGUCCACCUCCCGGUCUCACUCGGAGCGAAGAAGGCGUCAUUCUUCUUCGCUCACCGAUGACGGCGUCGAUGGUGAUGACGGCAAGGACGGGGCCAAGCUGGAGGAUGGAGGACUCAGUGACGACGAAGAAGGUGGGGCACUGGAGAUGGACACCUUCUUACCAUCUGGCUCACGGCGCGAAGGCAAGCCUACGCCCGACAUCGGCGGCAUCGACGAAUCGGCGGCUGGCGGGACGAGCGACCUCCUUGCCCUCGUCAAGAAGGCCGUACCAGAGACGGACGAUCCGACGCUCCCUGCUCUUACCCUGAGAGCAGUCGUCAUAGGAUCCUUCUUCGCAGCUUUGGGCGCAGCAGUCGCGCAGCUCUUCUUCUUCAAGUCCAACUCGCCUGGCUUUUCAGCCUACUUUGUCAUUCUCAUCACCCUGCCUCUUGGCAGAUGGUGUGCACGUACACUGCCAGAGAGGACGAUCAGAAUACCGUUGCUGGGCGAUGUCGAUCUCAACCCGGGCGACUUUAGCAUCAAGGAGCACCUCUUGAUUGCCAUCAUCGCUUCGUCGGGCGCCACGUCCGCCUAUGCAUCGGAUAUCAUCAACAUUCAAAUCCUCUUCUUCCAUCAUCGCAUGUCGACGAUCCCCUCUCUGACGCUGCUUCUCACAACCCAGCUGCUGGGUUUCGGCUUCGCGGGGCUGGUCCACCGCCUACUCGUCAAGACGCCCUCGAUGGUCUUUCCCUGGACGCUCGUUUCGACGAGUCUGUUCCACACGCUACAUGGCUCCCAGUCCCUCGACAUGCGGAGGCGUUUACGCUUUUUUACCCUCGCCUUUCUUGCCGUCUUCUGCUACCAGUUCCUGCCAGCACUUAUGGCUCCCACGCUUAGCUCCGUCGCGCUGCUCUGCCUUUUCGGCGGGCCCACCUCUGCGAUGCGCGUGCUAGGCUCGGGGUACAAGGGUUUGGGGCUGCUCAACAUCAGCUUUGACUGGACGGCUGCCGGAUCUAGCGGCCCGCUCUUUCAGCCUUGGUGGGCGGCAGUCAACUAUUACGCGGGAUUCAUCCUCAUGAUGUGGAUCGUCAUGCCCGUCCUCUACUUCGGCGUCAACUUCUGGGACGCCCAAUCCUACCCGUCUGUGCUCUCUUCCGCCCUCUUCACCGCCACCACCCCGCGCGAGAAGUUUGAUGUGGCUUCGGUGCUCACGCCCGAUAACACGCUGGAUUGGACCAAGUGGGCGACCAAGGGGCCAAUUCGGCUCACACCCUACUUUGCUCUCACUUACGGGGUGUCCUUUGCGAUCCUGACCUCGAUGCUCACGCACGUCUUCCUCUGGCAUCGUGACGACGUGAAGCGAGCGCUGCGUAAUCAAGUGCACGACGACUACCACAACCGGGCCAUGCGCAACUACGAGGAGGUGCCGCGAAGCUGGUACUACAUCACACUGGGCGCGUCGCUCGGCGCUGCAAUUCUGCUCGUUGCUCUCACCCCCGAGCUUCAGCUCCCCGUCUGGGCCCUCCUCAUUGCGGUCCUGAUCGCACUAGCCUUUCUUGUACCCGUUGGAAUCGUCAAGGCCGUAUCGGAUACUGGCGUUGGCCUGAACGUUAUCACCGAGUUUGUGGCGGGGUACAUGCUUCCCGGCCGGCCGAUCGCCAACGUCUGUUUCAAAUGCUACGGAUACAUGGCGAUGAGCCAGGCCCUGAACCUGGUGGCGGACAUGAAGCUGGCGCUCUACAUGAAGAUCCCGCCACGCGCCAUGUACAAGGCACAAUUUCUGGGGACGGUGAUCGGGUGCGUGGUCAACUACAUGGUCCUAUCCUUCGUCUUGAGCCCCACGAGCGGCUAUGUCCCCUUCUUGAGCGGUGAGGUGGAGGAUCCGACUGGGCAGUGGGAUGGACGCAAGAUUCACAUCUUCUACUCAGCCAGCAUUAUUUGGGGAGCUGUGGGACCUCAGGUCUUCUUCGCAGGCACGUAUCGCAGCCUCUACUGGGGCUUCGUCAUCGGUGCCUUGGCGCCCGUCCCCUUCUAUCUCGUCCACCGCCGCAGCAACGCCAGAGCUUGGCUGGCCAAGUACGGCAUACAUCUCGACUGUGUCGCGAUGCCCGUGUUCAUUCACGCUCUCGCUGAAGCUCCGCAGGUGCCAACGAACGUCAUCCUCUCCGGUGCGUUGGUGGCCUAUGCUAGCCAGAAGUGGGCUCGCACCAAGCAUCCAAAGUGGUUCGAAAAGUACAAUUACGUUCUCUCUGCGGCCUUGGAUGCGGGGACCUCCAUCAACGCUCUGGUCGUGUUCGUGAUGUCGGUCACGCUGCUGAAGAUAGCCCCAAUGCCGCAUUACUGGGGCAAUCCCGCGACCGACUCAGAGUAUUGCUCUGUCCCAGAAGCGGCGAUCAAGUCUUAAUCGAUGAUAUUUAUGAACCAU